AUGGAGACCGAGAUGAUAUUUGAUUCUGCUGUUACAUUCAGAUAUGUGAAGACAGUACCACUUGCUGCUCAGAUGCUCGACGUGAGAAGAAGCCAGAAACUCGAAAUGGUCAAGGAAAUAAAGAGAGAAAAAGCAAGGUAUCGGCUUGAAGUUGAGAUUGGUAAAUCUCCACCGCUUUCUGACGAGGACUUAUGGUGGGAGAUCCGGGGAAAAGCGUUGGAGCUGAGGGAUGAGUGGAGGGUAGAGAACCGGAAAGCAUUUGCCAAUAUAUGGUCUGAUACGGUGUUUGAGCUCUCGCUGUUUGUUCUUUUAUAUGCCAAUCAGGGGAAAGUAGCUUUGUUGAAGUUUACGGGUUAUAAGAUCCUAAACAACAUUUCAGACACCGGGAAGGCGUUUCUGAUCAUCCUUAUCACCGACAUUUUCUUAGGGUGCCAUUCAGAAUCAGGUUGGCAGACAUUGUUAGAGAUAAUGGUGGAGCAUUACGGGAUUGAGGUCGACCAGUCUGUUCUUACCAUUUUUAUCUGCUUCGUUCCUGUUGUCAUCGAUGCCUGCGUUAAGCUUUGGCUGUUUAAGUUCCUCCCGAGGUUAUCUCCGAGAGUUUCGAGCAUAUUCAGCGAGAUGAAGCGUCACUAGCAGAGGUCGAUUUACCUCGUUUGAUAUUCGUUUUUUCCGCCAUUGAUGCCCGCUUCGAGCUCUGUACUCUUUUAACUCACACUAUCAUUCUUCUGAUUUCUUACAUAUAGAUCCAAAACUAAGCCUCUGGUGCAUGUGUUUUUGGUAUUUGCAGAUUGUGUCUGAAUUUGAAUA